UAGAGCAUUGUCCAAAUCCAAGGCAAAUACAGACUGAUUGACUUUCCCAACUUUUGAAGGGUUCUUUUCUCUCUCUACCAUUUCCAAAUUCCAACACCAAAACGCUUUAAAUAAAUACCACAACCCUCCACCCCUCCAAUUCAUUUACUCUCUCUCUCUCUCUACCCCUCUCUCUCUCUAGACUCCGCCACCUCUAUUCACGCUGCAUGCUUUAUAAUUCUCUCCGGAAUUAAAACUAGAACACGAAUUCGCCGAUUUUAAUGGCAGUUGAAGCAAGGCAUAUCAAUCUAUUCCCAUCACAACUCACUACAAACAGAGAGUCUAUGUCUAUGUCUAUGUUAAAUCCAUCAAAUCAAAGGAACGUGAAUUCUGCAUACAACCAGCAGCAGAUGCGUUUCGUUGGGGUUCCGUUGCCGGAAAAUCAGUCGUAUUACCAGACGGCGGUGUGCGAUUCAGUUCAGGCGAAAACUUCCGUCAACACAGAUAGCGGCCUCACCUACAAUGUUUCCGCUCCACACAGAAAGCGUUCACGAGAUUCCAUUAAUCAUCAGGUGUACGCGUCCUCACCGAAUUACAAAAACAACAGUGUAUCACAGUUCGCCGCCGGUGAAAAUAUCUUGCCUCAGAUCCAGCAAUACCAGUCGGAGAUUGAUGCCAUUAUCUCCCAACACACGAAGAAAAUAAAAUUGGAAUUAGAAGAGAAGCAAAAGCAACAAGCAAGGUUGUUGGCAAUGGCUAUAGGAGAAGGAGUGAUGAAGAAAUUAAAAGAAAAAGACGAUCAAAUCCAAAGAAUAAGCAAAUUUAAUUUCGCCCUUCAGGAAAGAGUGAAGAGCCUCUAUCUCGAAAACCAGCUUUGGAGAGAUUUAGCCCAAUCGAAUGAAGCCGCCGCUAAUUCCCUCCGCACCAAUCUCGAACAAGUCCUGCUACAAAUCGGCACCGAGGAGCGCGUCUCCGCCGCCGCCGCCGCCGACGAGGACGUUCAGUCGUGCUGCGGAAGCAGCGAUUACGGAAGAGAGGCGGAAGAGAACGCUGACGGAAAUAAUAAUAAUAAUAACAACAGUUGCUUUAGUGACAGGCGGUGCAAGAUGUGCGGCGAGAGGGAGGCGUGCGUUUUGCUGCUGCCGUGCCGCCACCUUUGCCUGUGCGGCGUUUGCGGAAGCGGAUCUCAACAGCUUCAAGCGUGCCCUGUGUGUAACUCUAGCAUGAACGCCACAUUGCAUGUUAAUACAUCUCUUUAAUUUUAAUAAUUUAUUUAUUAGUCUAGGGUAAAAAGAAAAGGUCAAAGGUAAAAAUAUCCAGCAAUAAAAAAAAUGUAAAUUCUUUUUUUAGCUGUUAAAAAUUAUUUAAUUCUUUCCUAGUUUAAGGUUAUAAAAUUUCAUUUAUUCGUAACAUUUAUUAUUUAAAGAUUUUUUCUCUUUUUUGUAGCUAUCGUGGUCACUUUAUAAAAGAUACUGCUAUAUCUUUUAACUUUAUUAAACAGUCAAAAACUUGUGAAAUAAUCGUGGGUAGACAGAUUGUCAACUUUUGCUGGGGAAAUUUAUUUAUUUGGAUAUAUUAAAAAUUAAAUAACAUCAA